AUGUUAAAAUUCAAGAAUCCUUUCGGUAGCCCAUUUCGAGUCGAAACAGCGGAACCAAAAAAGGAGACGAUCGAAGAAUUCAACUAUGUUCCUUCAGCUUAUUGCCAAUUAAUGGAUGAAAUGAUUGGAAGGAGAAAUAGACCGUGGAAUGUUGAUCGUAGUCCUGUAAAGCUUCAUCAGAUUUUUACUUUACCGGAAAUGACUCGUGAGGAGUUAAUAUUUUCUCGAUUGAUGGAGAAUUGUGUUUGUAAGUCGACUUUUGCAGCAGUUGCUGGUUUUGGCCUUGGCGUUGUUUUCGGUUUAUUUACUGCUUCUGUCGAUCCGCAAGCAACUAUGGCUUUUGGAACUGAUCCAAGCAAAAUUCCAACGUUGAAAGAAAUGUGGUUAGAGUCCAAGUCACGAAUGCGUUCAUAUGGCAAGAAUUUUGCUUCUAUAGGAUUUCUGUUUACGGGCACCGAAUGUUUGGUGGAAAGCUAUCGGGCAUGCAAUGAUUGGAAAAAUGGUACUUUAGCUGGAGCAAUUGUUGGCGGUUUGAUUGGCCUUCGUGCAGGUAUAAAACCCGCAGUUUUCGGUGCUGGUGGUUUUGCUGCAUUUUCAACUCUUAUUGAUUACUACAUGAAAUAUAGAUAG